AUGGAGGAAUUCCAGCACCUUUGUCAAGGUCUGAUCACAGUAGACCAGUAUGAGGCAAAGUUUGUCAAGCUGUCGCAGUAUGCCCCAAGACUAGUAGAACAUCUAAAGGAUAGAACUAGGAGGUUCAAGAAUGGCCUCCAGUCGGAGCUGAAGAAUCUGCUGGUGCCGUUAAAUCUAAAGAAUUAUAAUGAGUUAUUGGCUCAAGGAGCAUCUUGUUUAGAUACGAUAGUUGAGGAGCCGAAAGUGGAGAGCAUCGUUGUGGUACAGAAGUUUUCUAAUGCGUUUCUUGAGGAAUCAUCCGAUUUGCUCCUAGAAAGGAAGAUUGAGUUCGUGAUAAUGUUUUUCGACGACAUUCUGGUGUACUCGAGAAGUCUAGAGGAGCACGAAAAGCAUUUGAGGAUAGUACUCCAGAUUCUGAGGAACCAUGAAUUGUAUGCCAAGUUCAACAAGUGUGAGUUUUUGUUGACUCGUGUUGCUUUCCUAGAUCACGUGAUUUUAGGCGAAGGAAUCUUCGUAGACUCGACCAAGAUUGAAGCGGUGAUCAACUGGCUAAGACCGACUGUCAUGACAAAGAUCAUAAACUUUAUGGGAUUGGCAGUUAUUAUAGAAGGUUCGUGGAAUGAUUCUCAGCAUUAG